GGAAAUGUGUUGCUUCAAUCUCUUUGAUCCAUUAGACGGCCUCCAAGGCGUGACUAUUGGGCUGUUCGCCUCCAAGGUACUUUUCUGUUGUCUUUUGCUUUGGUCUGGUUGGUUUAUUUGGUCUUUCAAAAUUACCCCAUGGUUUCGUCCUUUCGAUGCGCCACCGUAUCCCUACUUCGUUCCAAGUCACUCCUACAUUUACUUUCGAGAUUCACACGGACUUAUAUCAAAAGCUCGGAGGUAUUUCUCAAGCACCAGGAAGCCAUUUGCCAUCGUUCUUGCUGGUAUGCUACAUUACGUUGUCACUUCGCCCGGUAGUGCCCACCUCGUCUACUCCAAGCCUCUGGUUUUCAACUUCGACUACUUCCUCGGCAAGGCGCUUUCAGGGUUUGGUGUGGAUCCGGCCAGAUUGGAUGCGUUCUGGCAGAAGAGAUCACCGUCCCAGGGCAACCCAAAGGGUAAAUGCCUUGUACAUGUUACGGAAGACAUCUAUAAACACGCUUUACUUUCUGGACCCCAUCUUUCUGGUUUGUUAAAUAAUCACAAAGUCGCGCUCAAGUAUUGUCUCUCUUUCAAGCAACUUGCUGGUCGAUGGGGACUAGCUACUGCUACACAGACAGAGCCUAUCUCGCUCUACACGCUCUGCACUGCUACCAUGGUCGAAUCGAUGCAUAAUUGUCUAUUCGAUCCAAUCAUCAAAAGCAUUGAACCUGGAAUGACAACAGGCAUGAUGGAAUUCACCGACGACAUGUGGAAGUUGAUGGAUCCUACCUCCUUUGUGGACUCGACUCAACAAAAGAAAACCCUUAAGCGAUAUCACGAUGCCUUGAAGGAGUACCAAAGGCUGCCUCAGAGACUGCGCUCUAAAGAGUCACCUUUGCUCGGAAAUCUCAUCAAGCAAUACCGUGAAUUCUCAAUAAACGAAGACGACAGCGCUGCAGUUCUGGUGAUGGUUUAUUGGGUUGCGGUAUCGAAUGUGGCCAAACUUCCAUAUUGGAUGCUGGUGCAUAUUCUAUUCGAUGGGACUCUCUGCGCCGACAUCCAAAGGCAAAUCUUACCGGCUAUGCACGGAGGAGAAGUUGAUUCCAGCUAUCUACUCCACCAAUGUCCUCUUCUCAAAUCAGUCUACUUAGAGACCCUCUGGCUUACCAAGAUGGAUCACGUAUAUCGGAGACUUGAAGAAGACAUCCAGGUGGACGGCAUAACCCUGCGGAAAGGCGGCACAGUCAUAUUGUCAGUGACCGAGCUUCAUCGAGACGAGGAAGUUUUUGGUUGUGAUGCGGCAGACUUUGCGCCAACUCGCUUCCAAGACGAUCCUAAGCUCGCGAGCAGUAAAAGCUUCAGGCCCAUUGGCAGUGGUUCAACUUAUUGCCCCGGUCGAGAGUUCGCGUUUCAGCAGGCUCUAUUGUUCGUAGCGUUGAUGCUGCACGCCUUUGACAUGCAGGUGGUUGGGGCGACAAAACCGCAGGUUGACCAACUAUUGCUGACGGUUGGGUUGAGUAGACCUCUGCCGGGGACGGACGUCAAGGUCUCAUUGCAGCCUCGUAACCUGUCCUGCACUCAUUAA